CUCCAUGAUCGCUGAACAGCUCGAAUUCAACGUCGACCGCAUCGACGCCAAAAUGGAAGAGCUCCUGGCGUACAUCCUUCGAGGCCCACCCGCAAAUGCAGCCCCCAACACACACCCAACCCUCUUCUUCCUCUUCGACUUCGUCCGCAACACCCACCGCGAACUGCAAGAAAUCGACAUGGACAAGUUCCGUGCCGGCGACGCCAACGCCCGCAGCAUGGCCCAGGACGUCCUUGGCCGGAACAACUUCACCAACACCCUCGUCAACGAUACCACGGGUAAACUGGCGCUGAUGACGGGCGGCGAUCCCAACAACCCCGUGGAUUUUGGAGAGGAGAUCCGUGAGAAGGCGAAGGCGCUGGUUGAGGUUUAGGUUUAGCUUUGGAUUUUCUCCCUUCGUUUUUGAGUGUUCCGACUAUUCCUCCGGCUAUCGCUAGGGGGUUGGUAAGUCACUGGAGGAUGGAUGGGCCACGAAGGGACAAGGAGCUGGUCCUUCUGCCCUAGUUAGCAUCUCCAUUGUUCCCAUCAAGGUCUAGGAUGAGGAAUGGAUCGAGACCUCCCGCAUGAGGUUUAUACCAGGCUGAUUACUGAAUGGCCGAUCUCUCGUUAACAUUACUGUGUAUGAGCAAGACGGACACGAAUGAAACUUUGUAUUGUUGCA